CCCCUCCUCCUCCUCCUCCUUCUCCUCCUCCGCCUACGCCUCUCCAUAUCAUCUAGCAAUUUGCAUCCGGGCAAGCUCGGUCAAGAAACAUAUCUAGUUGUUGAUUUGACCCGCUGAGCUUCUCUGUGUCUUUCUGAAACAGAAAAAAAAGCUUCCUCGCACUCCUGCCCUCAUUCAGUUGCGAAACUCUUUUGCACCAUCCAUUCCGGAGGCAACAAGAACUACGCGCAGUCCAGCCCCCUGACGACCUCGGGGUCUCAGAGACGACACAGUCGACACAAUGCAUCUACCUUUCUUACCACCGGCCUUCACGACGAAGAAACCGCCGCCAAAAUGGGACCCGUUCACUCCGGCGUUCUCACGGCUAUCGCGGAGUGCCACCACCCACCCGGUGCAGACGAUAGUAAUUGUCGCUCUACUGGCCUCCACAACCUACAUCCAGAUGCUUGAGCACAGCUUGUUUGACCGCAGCUCGACGCUGUGGGGACACGGUGGCUCGAAAAGGGCCGACCUGCUUGACGGAAGUGUUCAGGUCGCCACCGGGGAACAGACCGCGUGGGAGUGGAGGGAGAAUGCGGCAGCAGUGGUGCCGGGCGCGAAACAUGUUGCGCUCGUGUCACUGUCGUUCCCGAAUUCUUUGGCUACUUCUUACCCGGUACUUCCUACUACGUCCGCCACCGAACUCCAGUCGACCGAUGCCUCUACCAAGAUCUACUCCGUGCCGUUCGAGGAAUUGAAUGGCUUCAUCAACAUGGUUAAGACUGUCCCUACGGUUGACUCGGGCUCGGCCGACGAGGGCGAGCAGAAGGAGUGGGUCAUGCAGACUGGGCGUUCCAAGGGAAGCAACAUCGGCAUCAUCGCACGAGCGGAAGAAGCCGUUAGGCACGUCUGGGAUAUGAUUCAGAAUGCCGAUGCUCUCGAUGUUGCCAUCAUGGCCCUUGGGUACAUCUCUAUGCACCUCUCGUUCAUCUCUCUUUUCCUGCAAAUGCGUCGCCUCGGAUCCAACUUCUGGCUCGGCGCGACUGUGCUCACCUCCUCGACCUUCGCGUUCUUGUUCGCCUCCAUUGUCACUCACAAACUGGGUGUUCCGAUCAACAUGGUACUUCUGUCCGAGGGACUGCCUUUCCUUGUCGUCAUCAUUGGCUUCGAGAAGCCAAUCGUCUUGACCCGUGCUGUCCUCGCUGCGAAUGUCGACCAGCGCAAGAAAUCCUCCGCCGGCACAAUCCAGACCGCAGUCGCGACCGCAGUCCAAGAGACCGGGUUCCUGAUUGUCAGGGAUUACGUCAUCGAAAUUGCGAUCCUCGCUGUCGGCGCGGCAUCUGGUGUACAGGGUGGACUGCGGCAAUUCUGCUUCCUUGCAGGCUGGAUCUUGGCAUUCGACUGCAUCCUUCUGUUCUCCUUCUACACUGCCAUUCUCAGCGUCAAGCUCGAGAUCAACCGUAUCAAGCGCCACGUCACCCUCCGUAAGGCAUUGGAGGAGGAUGGCGUAAGCCAUAGGGUGGCUGAGAGCGUUGCAAAGUCCAACGAGUGGCCUCGCGCCGAUGGCGGGGAUGCUACCGAAGAGUCGACAUCCGUUUUUGGCGCCAAGGUCAAGGACUCGAGCAUCCGCAGCUUCAAGAUCUGGAUGGUCGCUGGGUUCUUCGCUGUCAACAUCAUUAACUUGUUUACUCUCCCGUACAGAGACACCACUAGCUCUACCGUCUUGACCACCGGCAGCGACUCGAUGGUUCCCGAGAUGAACGUGUGGCAGGUUGCCGGGAAGCCGCUUGAGCAGCUGCUGGCCAACUCGCACGAGGCCCUCGUAGUUACCGUCUUGCAGCCAAUCCUGUACCAGCUCCAGUAUGCAAGCGCAUACCCCUCGUCUAUCCCGAAAGUUUACGGAUCAACCCAGGGCUACCCAAGCCCGUCCGCAUACGACACCUCGGAUCUCUUCGGCGAAGGGCCUGGCAGCAAAAUGAUUGAAAGUAUCCUCAGAAGCCUCAACGACCCUGUUUUGGGUAAAUGGAUCAUCGUCACUCUGAUCAUCAGUUUGGCGUUCAACGGAUACCUGUUUAAUGCUGCCCGCUACACCGUUAAGGAGCCCGAGAUGGAAGACGAGUCGAAGGAGAGCACCAAGCCUCAGGUUAUCGAGCGCAUCGUCACUGUCAACUGCACCUGUGGUGGAAAGGCUCAGAAGUCGGCCGAUGAUCAGACCGAUGAUGAUGCCCAGUCAUCCCGAACUGUUGCUGAGUGCGAGGCAAUGGUCAAGGAGAAGCGCGCUAAGGAGCUCAACAAUGCCGAGUUGGUCGAGCUUGCUGUUCGUGGAAAGAUCCCUGGAUAUGCCCUGGAGAAGACUCUUGGCGACCCCACCCGUGCUGUUGCCAUUCGUCGGGCUAUGGUCUCGCGCAACAAGAUUACCAUGGACAAGACUGGACUGCUGGAGCAUUCGCUUCUCCCCUACAAGGACUACGACUACGCCCGCGUGCUUGGCGCUUGCUGUGAGAAUGUUAUCGGUUUCAUGCCUCUUCCCGUCGGUCUCGCUGGUCCCAUGAACAUCGAUGGCGAAGACUUCUACCUCCCAAUGGCUACAACUGAAGGUGUGCUCGUCGCUAGUACUUCUCGUGGUGCGAAGGCUAUCAAUCUUGGCGGUGGUGCCGUCACCAUUCUUACCGGUGACGGUAUGACCCGUGGACCCGUCGUUCAGUUCCCCAGCGUUCGCAGGGCCGGUGGUGCCAAGAACUGGAUUGAUUCCGAGGAGGGCCAGAAGAUCCUCAAGAAGGCCUUUGACUCUACUUCGCGCUUCGCUAGACUUCAGACCAUCAAGGUCGCCAUCGCUGGUACUUAUCUCUACAUCCGCUUCAAGACCGUCACCGGUGAUGCAAUGGGCAUGAACAUGAUCUCGAAGGGAGUCGAGCACGCUCUAUCGGUCAUGCAGAACGAGUGCGGAUACGAGGACAUGGACAUCAUCUCGGUCUCCGGAAACUACUGUACCGACAAGAAGCCUGCCGCUAUCAACUGGAUCGAUGGACGUGGAAAGAGUGUUGUCGCCGAGGCUGUCAUUCCCGCCGAUAUCUGCAGAAGUGUUCUCAAGUGCGGCGUCGACGAUCUUAUCCACCUCAAUACCGCCAAGAACUACAUUGGAUCUGCCAUGGCUGGAAGUGUGGGAGGGUUCAAUGCCCACGCUGCGAACAUUGUCACCGCCAUCUUCCUCGCUACCGGUCAGGAUCCUGCUCAGAACGUAGAGUCUUCCAACUGUAUCACCGUCAUGAACAAGACCCGCGAAGGCCAUCUCAACAUCUCCGUCUCUAUGCCUUCGAUCGAAGUUGGUACCAUCGGUGGUGGCACCAUUCUCGAGCCCCAAGGCGCAAUGCUCGACAUGCUCGGCGUCCGCGGCGCACACCAAACCAACCCCGGUGACAACGCGCGAAGACUAGCACGAAUCGUUGCCGCCGCCGUUCUGGCCGGUGAGCUCUCUCUCAACUCUGCCCUGGCCGCCGGCCACCUGGUGAAGUCGCACAUGGCCCACAACCGCAGCCAACCGGCUACGCGGACUAGCACUCCUGCUCCCCCGGCAGUCGAGGCGGCGCCCAGAUCGCCGACGGAGAGCAAUCCCGUCGCGAAGGCGCUUGCCGCGUCGCUCGAGAAGCAAAGAGGUAUCGCCAGGUAGUUGUAAUAUCAGAUGAGGGAUGAUAGUUGUGCAUAUUUUAGAGAUUCCUUUUUUUACCUUUUUUCUUGUUCGCUCACAAAACGGUUGGUUGGAUGGAUGGAUGGGA